GAACCACCAAAACGGCUACAAAAGCAUGCAGCGACUCUCUAAGCUCGAUCGCGCCACCACAUUCAAUGUAGUGUUGAACAACUUUAUUCCCAGUUCAAAACCAAUAGUAUGCCUGCUUCCAUGCGCAUCGAACUGUUCCCAGCAUCUUUGGACGUCUUCCUCGACUUCUACACGCGGAUCCUCAACUUCGCACUCCUCCAGCGCAAAGGAAAAUACGCCUACUUGAGGCGCGACGCUAUCUAUAUAGGUGCUAUCGAGUCACCCACGCCAGACACGCUCGCGGACCGAGCCUCGUACAGACAGCCGAACAGGGGUGUGGAGAUUGUGCUUGAGGUUGACGAUGUCAUGGCUGAGCGGGAUAGAGUGGUAGCCGCAGGGUACAAGCUUGAUGCUGAUAUUGCGAAGCAAGAAUGGGGUUUGAUGGAUUUUAGGGUAACGGAUCCGGAUGGGUAUUAUAUUCGGAUUACAAGUCGCGGUGGCAACUAGAUAGAGAGGUCAGUGAACUUGAAUUGAGUACAAGUUGGGUACCAGAUGAUCAAAUCGGGUUGAUGAGCGCCACC